AUGAGGGGCCUCCUGGAGGCCGUUCUCCUCCUGGCAUCGGUGUUGGUGCGAGACGCCGGUGCCGUAUCUCAUCAAGAGAAUGUGCCGUCUUCUGCCUUUAUCACCGUCAAGCUUCCCAUUGCUCAGCUGAACGAUGGGAACCCGUAUCUGAACUUCCGCUUUGAUGUGCUCGAGUCGUCGGAGGCUUGUGGCUUCGUCAACGCCACCGUCAACGGACAACUGCUGUCCACAGAUGGCAGCAUCGAGCUGCAGCUGGACCGCGAGACGACCGAGGCUGGCAGCGGUACCCCGGGCGUGAUUACGGGCCACUGGUCCAGCGACUGUCUCGCAUCCGACGACAAGACGCGCGAGCAGCGCCUUCAGCUGCGGGUAUUGGCUUUCGACGGCGUGGCUCUGACGCGCGACGGCCCCGACGACAGCGACCUGAUCAUCCGGUUCCGCCAGACGGCCCCCGUACGCAUCAUCGACAUUGAGGGGGCAGCCAGUGCGUUCCGCUUUAAUGAGGUGCCGGCUCUCGUCGGCAACAACGAUGGCCCGAAUGCGGCUGCCGAGCUGGACGCGGCCGAGCUGGCGGCCUGGCAGCAGAGCCUCGCGGCCAUGCACCAGCACGCCCUCCUGAUCCAGCACGACAUCCGCGCCCGCGAGCAGUACAUGCGGCAGCGCUUUGGCGCCUCGUCCGUCAAGCUGGCCUGCUCGGACCGCUCCUUUCUCGGCGCCCUCUUCCACCGGAUCACCAGCCUCAUCGGCAAGAGCAGCUGGGACGACGCCGCGAUCCGGGUCCAGGACAGCACCGGUAGCCACAGCUGGGAACAGCUGUAUCCACCCCACGAGCCGCUCGUCUGUAGCAGCAACAACAGCCGUGCCGGCCCUCCACCGCCGCCGCCUCCCCCUCCUCCGUUUCUCCUCCGCUGCGCAGCGCCGACCACGCCGAGCGAGGAGGAGGCCCACAACGAUCCCGAUCCCGAUCCCGUCCAUGACCAUGACCACGACGACAACAGCGGCAGCGAAGAGGAGUUCGAUCCGCCAGCUGAGAAUGCUGGGUCAGAUGAGGAGAACCAGGCAAGCAGGCUCGGGACCUGGCCAGGGCACCAGAAGAACCAUACGCACAACUACCGGGGCAUGUUUGCUUACAUAAUGACGAUUGCGGCCAUUUCUUGCCUCGUCAUGUGCUCAGUGCACCAUUUCCGAGACAGGAUGCACGAGUGGCACGGUCACGACCGCGAUGUGGAGGAAGGCGGCUCAGACAGCGGCGGUGUCUUUCGCAACAGGAACCGAUGGCGGCGCGCAAACAUCCGACGACAACUAACGGAACGGUGGCAUAGUAUUACGAGGAAGCACCGAGAGCGAAUGGAACGCGGGCGAGCCAGCCGGCAAACCCGGCAGCAGGUGCGUCGUGAGGAUCGUAGGGACCGGAUGAGUGUCGGUGCCAAGAUCCUGUAUUUCCUCAAGCGCAUCCUCUCCGGAAGGGGCCGCGAUAGGGAGAAGCUGUUGGGCAGGUCUUCAAGAGGGCAAAACCAGCAGCCAGGAACAGCGCGCGGCCACAUCGAGGCAGUCGUGACGCUCGGUGCCGACCACGACCGCACGCCAAGUCCGACGAUGGAACAAGAGAUUGCGUCGUUCCGAGCGGCUGCCGACGUGGUGGACCAGAUCAUCGCAGCCGAAGAGGGCCGAUUAUCGGUGGCGCAGACGGCGAAGCUGAAACGGCAGCGGGAGCAGCAACAGACUUUAGCAUCGCUCUCGCGGCCAUCGCCACCACCGCCGCCACCACCGUCGACGGUCUCGCCAUUACCGCGUCCUGGCAUCGCGACAACAACGUCAACAUCGACCAGCCGCACGUCCUACGGCUACGAUCGACGCGACCUCGGCGGCAUUGACUACUCUGAUUUUGACGACACGGAGUCGCUGCCACCUGCUUAUUCCGAGACCGGCUUCGCGGAAGAGCCAUAUGCAGCGCCCGGUUCAAUGACGGCGCCAGCCGGCUUUGCCGAGUCUGCGUAUUCGUACGUCGACCUCGCCGAAGCAGAGGCGUCAAUGGUGGCCGACGGGUUCCAGUACAAUCCAGGCGGCAACAACUACUGA